CUCACAGCCAAAUCCUCCCCUCCUUUUUUUGCCAAAACAGUGGGGAGGAGAGUAGAAAAACCUGCAUGUUGACCAGUUUCAGAUCAGACACUCAUGUGGGGCAUUUCAUCUGACCUAAAUGAAACAGAAUACAUGCCGCCUCCUUCCCCUCAUGGCAGGCCACCCCGCCUUUUCCCAGCCUCAGGGGAGGGAGCCUUUAAUAAUGGUCUGUGUAAACUGAUGCUCAGGCAGCGAAGAGUUUGGGGAAGAAGCACUGCUGGACGAGAAAUCCCACAGAGGAGCCGCGACUCAAUGAAAGGCGGCAGCCCCUGAAGUGCAGCAGACAGAGAAAAUGUCUCUCCUCGCCAAGGUCUUGAGAAGGGACUGCAGGCAGGUGCUGGAGCCUCGCAGGAGCUGCGUUGGCGGCGUGGCUUUUGUCAGCAGGCUUCACCAGCUGCCCAAACUUUCAGGCAGCCCGUCCCUGGAGGGGCAGAAGGAGGCAGCUGCGAGAGCGGAGGACAAAGACGACGACGACGAGGAGAUGGGGGCAGCUUCGGACCGUGGAGCCCGGGGGCUCCUCCUCGACGCCUGCCAGCACCCGAGCCACCAGAGAGUGAGGAGCCUGAGGGAAAUGCCCGGACCCAAGACCUUCUCCAAUCUGGUCGAGUUUUUCUGGAAGGAUGGCUUCAGCCGCAUUCACGAGAUCCAGGUACCAUUGAGCGGAAGGGGAUCCGUGGCAGGAGACGGUCGACGAAAUUGGGCAACAAAAGAGCGAGUGAAUCACGGUGGUGGGACAGGAAGAUUGCACACGCAUUUCUCUCCCCUCGCAGGGCUCCCUUGUCGUCUGAUUGAGAAGCAAGGAGGGCAGCUGUGUGUGUGUGUCCCCCCCAUUCAGAAAAUGAAAUCAGUUUUGUGUUAUUUCUCCAAGACGUAGCCUUGCUUUGUUUUCCAGAGGAGUAUAUGAUGAACCCUUUUGUAAAAUAUCGGGUUGCAGAUACAACCUAGAGAGCUUGUAGGGGGGUGUGUGUCGUUCUUUUUUUUAUAAAAGAACGGUCUGAUAACUUUACCGACAAGUCAGAAAAUAGGUGCCAGAAAAUAUAACUAGCUGGUAUUUAAAUAGUUUUGAAGUCUGAAGCGUGACUUCUGAGGUGGUUUUUUGUUUGUUUGUGGCAGAUGCUCUGAGGGGACUGAAAAGAACGUGAAAAGGAGGUGUUGCGGUCGGAAAUGUCUGAGCUCCAGACUUUGGUCAAGGCUUUUAUUCCGAACUACCCCCCCCCCCGGACCGUCUCGCCGUGGCGGGAGACGCGCGUGACGCAGCCUCGUGCGUCGUAUGUGUGUCCGCGAGGAGCUGACGAGGGAGCUCCGGGGUCGCAGGGCUGAAACCCGCACCUUUCUCCUCAGCUCCGGGGAGAGACCAUUUUGUCGCCUUCGUUUGCACAGGUCCCCGGGGGAGGGGGGACGUUGAGUAUAUAUGCACGUUAUAGAUUAGAUAGAUAGAUAGAUAUGGUUGACCGGGGGGGGGGAGCAGCAGCAGCAGCAGCAGCAGCACGAGCUGCCGGCGAGAAAGUUGCACAAACGUCCCCUCAGCGGAGGCGGGCGCUUUGAAACCCUCCCCGUUUCCCGGCGAACUUCCUUCCUUCCCUCUCCCUCGCUCCCUAUUGAAAGAGAGCGCGAAGCAGUGGCGGCUGGAGGAGACGCAGGGAGGCCACGGCUGCUCAUCCUCGCGCAGCUCCCCGGUGCCCAAAUGCCCACGGCGCCGGGUGGGCGACGAGGGCUCUUCCUCCCCCGCCAAAAGGCGCCACACUCCUCCGUUCGCCGCCCCAUAUGCUGGCGGGGAGAUGGGCCCCACGUGACGUGGGGUUGAGGAGGGUGGUGGGGCCAGCAGUUGUCUGCUUUCCAGCCUGAACGGGGCCGGGGGGGAGGCAGGCAGGGUGAUUUUGAAGAGAGGCAACGCUAAGAUCCCUUCCCCACCCACCCCUCCCCGCUUCGGGUUGGUGCUUGGCUGCUAAUUUGCCCACAUCUGGUUCUGUGCUCAGCCCUUCCCCGCCCCCCCCGUCGCAUAACAGGAGGGUUGCUAUGGAGCCAGGAGUGUUUUGACACCACACAAAAACACAUUUUGCACCCCCGCCCCGAAGGACUUGGUGCAUUUGCCAUCCACGCUGUUCCUGGCACUUGACAGCGCUAACGUUUUACAUCUGCUUCGCUAAGCCUUUCAUCCCAGGGACCGGUUGUUUUGCUCGACAUGUGGGACUGCUUUAUUUUCCUCGGGAGGUUGGCCUCAGCAGGUUUUAAAAUGGCAAAAAGGAUUUCUCUCUCUCUCUCUCUCUCUGUUGCCACCUUGACCAUCAAAUAUUGCAUACUGGGAAGUUUUGUAGUUGUGAGUAACCGCUGAGGGGUCCUUUCAUAUUCCCUUGCUAAUGAAAGAUAAGAUAUGAUAUAUCCUGCUAAUAUAUUUAAGAGGGUGCUCUCAGUGUAUCAUAGUGCUCACAGGAAGAUGUGGGGGCAGACAGGAGUUAAGAAAUGCACCACAUCGUGAUAUUAUUAUUAAUACAUUAAUAAAUUGUUAUUCAUUAGUUUCUAUAUGGAUUAAUGCCAAAAGAGCAUUCUUAGUGGUUUAUAAGUAUAAAAACCAACUGUGCAAUCAAUCAAAUAUCCAUAAUAAAAAACACAAUGAAACAAUCCAGUUAAAAGAAUCCGCAAUUAAAAUAUUCAAUUAAAAAACCACAGUAAUUAAAACAGGAGACUCUGGAGAGAUCAAGGGAAUGCUUGUGUAAAUAAGCAUGUUUCAAAAGCCAGUGGAAUACCAAUACAGAUGGGACCUCUUAUAUUUAAGUAAGGGAUGCAUUUCCUAACACUGGUGCCACCAAUGAAAAAGCCUGCUUCCUUGUUACCACAAGCUGAUCAUCAUUAGGCUGUGGCAAGACUGCUGGCUGAUCUUAAUGCAAUGGAGAGGAUUUUGGUUUUUCAAGCAUACUGGUCCAGAGUUGUUCAGGUCUUAAUAUGCAAUUAAGAAUACUUCAGAAUUGGCUUGGGGGCUAAGUAGUCAAAUGCAUUGAUUUCAGAUUGUAAAACUGACAGGUCACAACACAUGCUCAGAAUAUCAGUUCAGUAUUUUCUGGAUUUAGUUUGCCAGUUCACUUACAUCCAAGUUCUAGGCAUGUUAGAAGCCAUGUGGGAUCUUAUGCAGCUUCUGGAUUGGAUGAGGAAGAAAGAUAAAUUGGGAUGGCAACAGCAUAUAGAGAUCUCACCAAAUCUUGUUGUCUUGCUGCUUGGUUGUGCCUUAUACACGCUGGAUAAGGGAAGGAAAUGGAAGGAAUCUGGAACUGGAAGGGAAGGAACUGGAAGGACCAGAGAGUAAAAGACAUACGAAAAUGUAGGGAAAUGACUUACUGGCAUCUUCUGGGACUGACUUGCCAAAGGAGAUUUCAUCACCGCAACCACACCUCCUACAUGCUCAUAUAAAAGAGGCAUUUACAAUCUCCCUAACCAACCUAGCAAGCUUAUCCAAAAGCUUGUGAGAUAAAUACCUACCAAACUCUAAGUAACGUUGCCCAUUAAUUGUAGAUUGAAGGCUGGCUUGUAAUUAAACCCCCUUCCCAAUUCUCUUCAUCUCAAUCCCCUCUUCCUCUGGAACCAGUAUUCAAGAGGUGAAAACUGUCAAGAAAGAAACCCUCACGCACUAGCAGAGGUACUGUUCCACGGCGGGACCUUUGGGUCCAAAUAUCAAUCUACCUGCUCAGGAAAUUCAGCAACUAAACUCAUUCUGCAAAUGUAAUAAGAAGGCAAGGGCACAUCUAAAAUGUUAUUCUCCUUCAAUGUAGCAGCUAAAUCAGCUUGGAUACAAACAGUUUUUCUUUCAACACAUUUUGCAAAUGUAGCACAGCAGAUAACCAGGGCUGAUUCGUUGUCCCAUUAGAGACCUGGAUAUAACAGGCCCAUAGCUACCCAGAAAAGUUCAGCUGAUUGACCACUGUGGAUACAGUGGUAAUAGAUAAGUAAGAUUUUCACAUCACCAUCACUGCCACAAAAGAACACAGGCUCUGGUCUAUGUUUGGUCAUCCCUACCGCUUCAUUGUCUUAAACUCUUCAGAAUAUUAGGGAUCAAACCUGAAGAGACAGGGCGGAAAUUGGCAAUAAUGGGGACUAUUUUUUUCUUUUUAAGAAAAGACACUGCUGGAGGGUCACAACUGGGGAGGGAAGGAAUAACCUUCCUGUCCCCUGCCUGUAAUUAUUUAGAUAAAAACAAGAAGCCUAGCUUCUAUUACGCAUGAAGCAUAAUGUGCAGCCUGACCAUGAACUGUGGCAUGUAGGAUAGUGUGUCUAGGAACAAUAGUGUCAACUGCUCAUACUAUCACCUUGCUUUAGCAGUUGACUAGUACUUCAGUGGGACAACUUGCAAUAUUUAUUUGAAGGAAAUUCCCUGGAGAGCAGUCAAGAAACCGUUUGUAACCAUUAGCCUUUACAUAGGCAGAUUAUCCUAACUACUAUUACUCUCUCCCAAGAAGGCUGUAUUCACUAUAAAGCUAAUCACCAGGUAAGGAUUUAUCCAUGUUGUUGUAAAUACAUUUCCCAUGUAUUGAUCUCCAGUGUCCUGUCCAGUACAAAUCCAAGGUGUGAUUUGUAGUAUAAGUAGGUUCUGAUCCGUACCAAGAACAGCCCACUCAUGCCAUUAAGUCAUGAGCUGCACUAAAGAGUUCUCAGCAUGGAUACCAAGAUUAUUUCACAAACACUUAAUGAAGAACAGCACCAAACAUCACUGAAAGAGGGUCCAGUUUCCACAAGCAUUUUGUUGUUGUUUAGUCGUUUAGUCGUGUCCGAUUCUUCGUGACCCCAUGGACCAGAGCACGCCAGGCACUCCUGUCUUCCACUGCCUCCCGCAGUUUGGUCAAACUCAUGCUGGUAGCUUCAAGAACACUAUCCAACCAUCUUGUCCUCUGUCGUCCCCUUCUCCUUGUGCCCUCCAUCUUUCCCAACAUCAGGGUCUUUUCCAGGGAGUCUUCUCUUCUCAUGAGGUGGCCAAAGUAUUGGAGCCUCAGCUUCAGGAUCUGUCCUUCCAGUGAGCACUCAGGGCUGAUUUCUUUAAGAAUGGAUAGGUUUGAUCUUCUUGCAGUCCAUGGGACUCUCAAGAGUCUUCCACAAGCAUACUAUUGUUAUUUGACAAUUGUUCCAAUUCAUCAGCAAGGCCUCAGCACUUGGUAUGAUUGCUGUAUAUUACCUCCAAGUUCAGAGGAAGCAUGGCUCUGAAAACUAGUGGCUGCUGCACCCUCAACUCCUGCCUGUGGGCUUCACAAAGGCAUCUGCAUGUUAGACUCCUCAUAUCACCCAUGCAUUUAUUGAAAAUAUUGACAUAAAAGCCAACCUUUCACAAUGUUGGUUGCACAAUAGAAAGGGGAUAGCUAAUUAAAUAAUUAACUCAAACAUUUUGUUUCGAUUGUACAUCCAUGUAGGGAAAUAAACCAUUUACAGUUUAUUGGAAGCUACAGGAAGUGGUAGCAAGCAAGUACAUGACUCAGUCUGUAGUACUGUGUAGCUUUCUUGUUCAAGAGUUUUAUGCAAACCACCACACUUAUGCAACUCUCUAAAAGAAUUUAUAAAACUAUGUUAAGAACAUAAAUGAAUAGAAUAAAAAAUAAUAAUCUGAAACCUUUGAGCAAUCACAGCAGCUACUUAAAAGAUGCAGUCUGACAUGCAGAAUGUUCCAUGCAUCACACCAUAUGUGAAAGUGGGGGAGGGAGUUGAGUGGUUUUACAAUGAAGGUUCUGUUUGUCAGUAACCUGACUCCAACAUUAAACCGGCCACAACAUCUAUGCCUAGCUCUGCUUUGGUUAAAGAGAAACAUCUUCCAUUUAGAAGAGCUAUAGCUAUGCAAUGUGUUCUCUGCAUUGUUAAGCAAGAAAGCAGAGAAUGAUUUUUCCACCCCCCAAAAAUCUAUAUAUUUGCAUGUGAAGUGGUAUGUGACAUUAGCGGGGGGCGGGGACGGGACAUAAAUUAUAAACAGUGUUUUAAUGACUGAACAAAGAUUAAAUGCUUGUAUGACAUUGGUGAGCGCAGUGAGCAGGCAAUAUUUCACAGCACAGCAUUUAAACGUCACUGGGAUUAUUAGGAGGUUUUAAAAAAUAAUUUGCCAGAUUUAGAUUUUCUGUUUUGUUUCGUUUUGGUGAAGAAAGCCUUUAUCUGCAGCACUACUGAGGCCAUAGCAGAUUGGAUCCCUAAAUUCUCAUGAGAGCAGAACUCUCACAGAAUACUCCAGCUGGCACAUGCCGGGUAAUGUGAUUUUCACUUAUUCUGUUCUUUUUCUGCAGCCCUCUGUGCUCUCUGAAAAUAUGCCCUGGAGGCCUGGGGACCUCCAGGAACAACGUGGGAGGGGGUGGGGGAAGGAAUGGAUGAAAAUCACCACCUUUCACUCUGCCUGCAGAAGCCUUCCUUGGAUGAGAGUUCUUUCUAUUCAUAGAAGGGCAGUUUAGGAUCCAAGCCGUUGUUCUUGAACACUGAGCAUAAUUUCCAAAAGAAUCUCAGAAUUCUCAAGCACAACUUUAGUUUUUCUUUCUUUAAAUAGAUUUUGUUGCUCAGUUUCGAAAUAAAGUGGUUCAGUCACAAUUUAUUAAACAAAGUAUAAUAUUUCAUCUUUAUGUAAUAUAAUCUGCUAGGGAAGGCACUUUUUAAAAUUCUUCAUAGUUCAAAUGUUUUUCACCAGCUCUUCUUUCAUAAUUGUCCUCUUGUUGUCUCCAGCUGGCAGAGAUUCAUUGCUAUAUGAAUAAGCCUUCUUCCCUCUAAAAUUAUAUAUAAUUUUGCAAUGUAUUUAAAAGAUUAAAGCUGUUGUAAGGUGGGGACAUUUAAGGGCAUGUAUUUUUUCCCUUGGCAAUCAGUAUAUAGACCAUAAAUAGUUUUUUCCAAGAAAUGGGAAAACCAAAAGUAUUGCAGAAGAAAGAACUGAACAAAAAUGGAAUAUUUUGCUUACUAACAUGGCUGUUCCUAGAAACAAAAAGCAACCCUCAACCCACUAGUCUGUGAUAGUUACCAACCAACUGCUAAUGUUUUCUUGGAAAGGAGAUUGAAAUGGCUGUGGUGGAUGAGCUGUAGCCAUUCUUGGCUGAAGCUAUUUUCAUCUAAUUUCAGUCUGGGUUCAGAUCUGGAUUUGGGACUGAAUUGGCUUUGUUUGUCCUGAUGUAUGACCUUCAUUGGGAGAAGGGGAGUAUGCUCUUGCUUCUUCUGCUUGAUCUCUUAGCAGCUUUUGAUACCAUUGGCCACAGUAUCCUUCUGGACUGGUUUUGUAGUAUGGUGUUGUGGGCACUUGGUAGAUCCCAUACUGCUUGCAGUGUUGGUUCCAGAGAGUAGCUUUGGAGGAGUGCUGUUUGCCCCUCUGGAAUUUGUACUAUGAGGUUCUGCAGGGCAAUAUUAUUUCCCAAGGCUGUUUAAUAUCUGUAUGAAUGUGUUGGGAUUUGGAACAAAGUGUUACUAGUAUGCUGAAGACAAAUAUUUCUAUUCCUCUGUUAGAUCCGAGUCAGGAGUACAGGCUCUGCACAGAGCUCAGUGCUAGGUGGGUUGAGGGCCAAUAAACCUAUGGAGAAAUUCAAUACAGUGCUAAGUGGUGUAUGAAUGUGGUGAAGGAAGUAUAUUCUCACAAUGGGACUUUCCUCCAUUUCUUCUGCCCAUGUGCCCCCUAGCAUGCCCCCAAACCUGGAGGGAGGUGGGAGUUCCACUGCAUGAGCAGACCUCAUUCUGAGCACACAACAACUUAGUUGAAUCCCUCUUUUAGUUUAAAACCUGGCAGUGUGGAAGCCCUGUGGGUGAGUGGUUUCUGUGUCUGGGAGAUAGGUCAGCAACCUGUUCUAGGUGGGGUUGCAUUCCCUCUGAAGGAAUAUCUAUAUAGUCUCCUGUGUCACCUGAGGAGCAUGUGGCCUUGGUGGGUAGGAACGCCUUGUGUCAGCUUUAGUUGAUUAGACAGCUAUGGCUUUUCCUGGCCUAAGAAAAGCUUGCCUGCUGUGGUCCUGGCACUGGCAACCUGAAGACUGGAUUAAUGCAAUGCACUUAAUGUGGGGCUUCCUUUAAGAUUAGUCCAGAAACUGCAGCUGGAGCAGAAUAUUGCAGAUAGGUUGUUGACUGGGACAGCCAGUCAGCACCAUAUAGCACCUGUUCUGAGGGUGCUUCACUGGCUGCCAACUUGCUACAGAGAUCAUUUCAAUGUUUUCCUUUUAGCCUUUGAAGCCCUAAACAGUUUGAGACCAGGUUACCUAAGGGACUGUUUCUCUUCAUAUAUAUAUCUCUGCCUGGAAACAGCACUAUUCAGUUCUGUAUGCCCCAGAUGUGUGCUUAGCAUACACUAGAAACUGGUUUUUUACAGUUUCAGCUCCAGCCCUCUGGAACAAGUUACAUUUUGAAACACCUAGCAUUCUGAUAUUUAGACAGCCAGUAAUGAUAUUUUUAUUUAAGAAGACUUUCAUUUACCCUGCCAUUUUAUGGAAUAAUAACUGUCUAAUUGUAUUACUGGCUUUAUAGACUUCCAUUUACAGUUGUACCUCGGUUCCCAAACGCCUCCUUUGUCGUACAUUUUGGUUCUCAAACACCGAUAACCUGGCAGUAAAUGCUUCCACUUUUGAACGUUUUUUGGAACCCGAACGUGCAACGUGGUUUCUGCUGAGUGCAAGAAGCUCUUGCAAGCAAUGGAAAGCCGCACCUCAGUUUUUGAAUGUUUCGGAAGCUGAACAGGUUUCUGAAAUGGAUUCUGUUCAAGAACCGAGGUACCACUGUAUAAAGUUCUUAAUCUUUCAUAUUUUAUACUUUAUCUUCCUUUAUUGUACACUGCUUUGUUAAGUUUUUAUUAUAAAGUAAAAUAAAUAAAAUGUCACUUCAAAACAUUAAAAAUGUGGGCAAAGUUCCAUUUCAGGUUUGUUGGAAUUUCUUAACUUUCUGUUCUUAUUCCAAUCCUAACACACUGUAAAAAAUUAUUCAGACACAUCUAAUGUUGAAUAUGUCAAACUCUUAUAACGUUUAUAAUAUCAUUUCUAUAAAAUGAAUAAAUAUAUAUUGUUUGCAUGCUCUAACAACACAUUCAAAUAAACAUAUUUGACCACUGGGGUGGAAAGAGAGCAUUUUCAUAAGUUUCACAACUGGGCAAAACAGAAAGCACACCUGAUCUUAUACUUCAAGUUCUUGAAAUUAUGUACAAUGCCUGAAGUGAUCAUGUUGUUUUUAAUUCCCUGGGUCACAAUACAAAUUUGUCCAUGACAGAACUUGUAAUGUUGCAUUAUGAAGAGGGAACCAUGCCCUGGGGGAAUGCCCCUGGGCUCAGAUUAAAAUCAGAUUAAAACCCAUUUUGCUUCAACUCCUUGAGCUCUGCAACAGCAGCUUUUCAGGUGCCAGGGAAUCUGGGAAAUCAGGCUAUAAUGUAGUUCAUUACUUCUAACUGCAUAGCCAUAUGACUAUAUUUUUUCUUGCUGGUAAGAAUGAAUAAUGUAUUCAUCUGAAAUUUACUUUUCGUUCAUAGCAGAAGCACGUUCGGGAAUAUGGAAAAAUUUUCAAGUCUCAUUUUGGUCCCAAACUAGUUGUAUCCAUUGCAGAUCGAGACAUGGUUGCUCAGGUUCUUCGGGAAGAAGGAUCCGCGCCACAACGAGCUGACAUGGAUUCCUGGCAGGAAUACAGGGAUCUACGAGGGAGAGCUACAGGACUUAUAUCUGCGUGAGUGCAAUGGUAUUUUUGGCAUUACGUUGCCAAACAAUGUUUAGAUCUUUGGGUUUCACACAAAAGACACUGAUGAUACAUUUUAAACUGUUUUUGAUUAAUGCGUUUCUUGAAAGAAUGUGCUUGUAGCAUGAUUAUAUACCUAUGGGGAUGAGUGUUGGAAAAUGCCUUUAGGGAACAUUCAGAGUAAUUAUUGAUGCAAUGUGCUUAUUCCAAAGAAAGCCAAUCCCUUUAUGACUCACAGACAUUCUUCUGCUUUUAUCACAUGAUACCUUGCAGCAGCUAAGUGUUUUAUGUAGUAAGAACUAGGCUGUACAUUAAUAAAGGUUAGCAGCAUCUUAAUGCUACAGUCUGGACAAAAAUAAAUAUAUUUCUUUUGUAAGUCUAGAGAUGGAAUGUUCCAUUUCCCCCAUAGUAAAUGCGUAAGGUGACAAUGUUAGUCAAAUUUAAAAAAAAAUAAAAUUGGAAUGUUAGUCAUUCUCAGAGUAAACCCAUAACUUAAGUCCAUCAAUGUCAAUGGAUCUAUUUGGUGUUUGACUAACACAGAAUGUCACCCAUUUUUAAUAUGCAGUCAUAACGUUGUAUGUUAGGCUUCAAUCACCCCACUGUUGUAUAUAUUUAAAGUCCACUAAAGUGAAUGGCAUUUAAUUCGAAACGGCAUGGCACAGCUGAGAAAGCGAACAUUUAAUAAUUAGACUUAAAGUAGAAUAUCCACUUGUAUCAUCUUGCUUGCAGCAUUUUGCUUGCUUAACAGACUUCUGCUUGUGUAAAUGGGGCUUAUUGAUCCUCUCCUUCCCACUGCAGCCACCCACAUACCCCAAGGGCACAGUGGGGAGAAGAAGUAUGAGCUCCAUCAGGUCCACUAGCUUAACAUCAGAUCUCCCCUCAAUAUACCACUUAAGAGUAUAAGGAAGCUAGCAAGGACUAGAUGCAUUUUAUGGAAGCGGGGGGUGGGAAGCAAACUCUGAUCAAAUUGGUAUGAGUGGUAUGGGUCACAUUCCUCUCAAAACUUCUAAUUAAUUUACAUGUGAGUUGUUAUGACGCCCCAUUACCUAGUUUGAUAUAUAUUAAUAACAAAAUUCAGUAGCACUGAUCCAGAUAUAUUCCAUUAUACACAAAGAUCUCCUCAGUUCAAACAACAGUGCUAGGCACCUUUUCUGGAGGAGGGGGAAAUGGGGAGGCAGCUGGACUUAAUUGUAUCCUAACUGAUCUGAUCAGACUGCACAGUUUUACAUGCGUGUGCACACCUCACCUCUAGGGUGGCCUCUUAUGAAUCAGAAAAAAAAAAACUAUCAAAACAAGAGGACAAAAGAAGACACAGGUUUGCAUAUGCUAAUGCACAAACACAUUUAGAAACAAGUCUCAAAUGGAAAUAUAUAAUCUCAAUAUAGUAGCGACAGCUGAGACCAGGUGAACUGUUUGCCUAUUCAGUCUGCUAUUCAGUCUGCUAAUUGUUGAUGGGCAACUUCUAGGGUACUGCUAUCACUUUUUAUGGUUAUUUAUCUUGAAACUGGACUUGGACCAGUUUGUAAAAUAUGUAAAAUAUAACCAGUAAGGCAAUGUGCUAUCUGCUUCUUGUUGAAUCUAAAUGAUUGAAUAAUCAGCACACAAACAUUAUUCCUCCAACAACAAUUUCAAGAAUAGACACAUUUGGUUAUGGCUUUCUAAUGAGAGAUGCUCUCUUUUUUACUUAUUGACGUAAAUAAUUAUUUAGAUAAUUUUAAACUGUUAUUUCUUCCAGAGAAGGGGAACAGUGGCUAAAAAUGAGGCGUGUACUAAGGCAAAAAAUGGUAAAACCCAAAGAUGUUGCCAUUUUCUCAGGAGGAGUUAAUGAAGUUAUUGCAGAUUUAAUUAAGAGAAUCCACAUUCUCAGAAAUCAAGAAGAAGAUGGGGAAACAGUGACAAAUGUUAACAGCCUUUUUUUCAAGUAUUCAAUGGAAGGUGAGAUUGAUAAUUCAUUCUUAGAAAUUAAUGGAAGAUGUGGCUGUGUUGGUGCUUCAUCAACCAUUAUUGCUUAUUAUUAUUAUUUAUUAAUAUCAUCAUCAUCAACAACAAUUGUUCUUGCAUUACUCAAGUUGGCAAAAGGAACACACUUAUGUUCCACACAAAGGUACAAUGUCUGGAUAAGCAGUAUUCAGCUAUUAAGGAGAACAAUAUAAUUGUCUCGCAAUACAUUCCACAGUACAUCAGAGGUAGUUGACUUUUUUUGCCUGCAAAGUGCACAUGUGGUGUUGGACGGCUGCUUGCAGACUGCAUACCUGUGGGCAUGGACAACAGUGGAUGGAGCUGAUGUCAUUAACAGGCAUACAUUGGUCCACAUAUAUUGCUCAUCUGUGCUGCAGAUGGAUAAAGUUGCACUGUACAUUAUUCCACUUCAGUGUAAUGUAGUGUAUUAUUCAGUGUUUGCACCAUUACACCAUAUGCUAUGUGUAUGUUGCCUUACUCCACAAAAAAUGCUUUGUGUAAAUCAGGGCUGGAUUUAGGUUUCAUGAGGCCCUAAACUACUGAAGGUAAUGGGGCCCUUUAUAUGUCCAGCUGUCCUUUGUCAACAACAAAUUGUUACUGUUUUAGUGUUGAAUAUAUGCUAUAUGGUAAUUUAUGGACCUAACAGGUAUCUAAAGCUGUUUGCACAUAACAAAAUAUGCAUAUUAUCAAAGUAAUUGUUGAACUGAAAUACAAUUAAGAAGUAGUAUAUUAAUAGUGAAUUACAUUUUUUUCCUUUAAGUUUUUGGGGGCCCCCCAAGAGAGUGGGGCCCUAAACUAUAGCUUGUUUAGCUUAUGCGUAAAUCUGGCACUGGUGUAAAUGUACAGACAAUAUUAUAGCCAUGCAAAUUAAUCCCAUGUGUUUUGAGACAAUGGGUCUCCCUCCCAGAUAUGUGCCUAGGACUGGGCCUUUGGUUCUUGUUGUGGGUGUGGGUGGGUGUUUGUUAGCUUGCUUUAGUUCUUCACCUUGAAUUACUUUGGAAAGGAAAAGAAUAAAUCCCAAUGUAUUUUUAUUCUAUAGGAGUGGCAACUGUUCUGUAUGAGUGCCGCCUGGGGUGCUUGGAAAACCAGAUCCCCCAGAACACUGUGGAAUACAUUGAAGCUUUGGAGUUGAUGUUCAGUAGUUUCAAGACUACCAUGUAUGCAGGAGCCAUCCCCAAAUGGCUUCGUCCAAUUAUUCCAAAACCUUGGAGAGAAUUCUGUAGAUCAUGGGAUGGACUCUUCAGAUUUAGUAAGUUUUUUUUUUAAAAAAAAUCAUUUUGGUUUCAUAAGUUUGCAGUAAUUUGGAGGGCAAUGUUUUCCGCUUCCUUAAUAAAUUUAGCGAGGCAUUAUUGCAGUUCAAGGAUGCAUUCCAGCAAGGCAGAAGCAGCCAGGGAAGGUGCAGGGCCGGACCAGCAAGGGACGUGGCAUGAGAAAAGGGUGUGUGCCCCAGGGAGAGUCUGAGGGGCCAGACAGAAAGACCUAGAGGGCUGCAUUUGGACCUUGGGGUGAGGUUCACCACACCUGCUUUAGGCCAUUCCUUAUCUUCCAAACUAUGGAUUGGAGACUUUAGAGGAACAUCUCAACUGAGUCUGACUUCUCAUUGCACCUUACCUAGAAAGCAAAAAGAAAAGAAAAUCUCAUAUUUCAGCCGUGUUAAUGGCCAUACCGCUUCCCUCGCUUUGAGUGUAAUUUGCUGUACAACAGAAUUUAUGUGGGGCUGCAGUUAUGUGCUUUGCCCAGCAGAUCACUUUGUUUAGCAGAGCUAGGACAGUUUUCUAGCAAGCAAUGCGUAGUGAGCUUACAAAAAAACAGCACACAACUCUAAACCUGUUAUGAAAGCCCUGUGUUGGUUGCUGUCACCAAAUGACAAAUGAGAAAUAACAGUUUGAGAAACGAAAUCUCACUGAUUAACAAAUGCAUUCCCCCUUCUUCUUUCUUCAUCGCAAAGGUCAAAUUCAUGUCGACAAUAAAUUACGUGAUAUAAAGUCCCUUUUGGACCAGGGGAAAGAGGUAGAUGGUGGACUUCUCACAACUCUGCUUAAUAGUAAAGAACUUACAGUGGAAGAAAUCUAUGCCAAUAUGACUGAGAUGCUUUUGGCAGGAGUUGAUACAGUAGGUUUACUGCUAUGACUGUUAUUACAUUAUCAAUAUGAUUACUGUUAUUGUUGUUCAGUGGACAUUUCCUAAAUUCCUUAUGAGAGAGCGAGGCAGGGGGAGAAAGAGAAUCAGGACUGUUUUAGUUUCUCCCUUGCCUGAGUUUCAAUCCAGGGUGACAAUGGGAUCAGGACUCACAUUAACCCUUCCAAUGUGUUGCCUAAGUCUAGUGGCUCACCUUGGCUCAAAGCAGGGCUGGACCUCUCUGGUCCAUUUAUCUCAAGACAGAAUAUCCCUAAAGCUGCAAGAUACAACCUCCUUUUAGGCAUAUUAAAUUGAAUUAAUUUGGUUCGAUUUGUAACAAUUUGGAAAAUCAAUAAAAAUAAUUGGCAAAAAACAAACCUGCUUUUAGGCAACCAAUGAGAAAUAAAUAUGGAGUUAUUUUCCUUCCUAUAGAAUACAGUAUAAACAGCAUUUCAUGUUUCGAUUGUUGCAGCAGCAAAUGAUGUAGUGGGGCUGCACCACCCACCUGACCUCCACUUGGCUGAGUCACUGCAACAUGUUGGAACGGAGAGAAGGAGGGGUGUGGCGGUGGCGAGGUCAAUCCAGGGCUCCCUCCCGCUGGUGGAUUUGCACUGUGUUGUCAUGAUUGCCACUGUGCCCCUCCCCUUCUCCUUCUUGGAGUGACUCAGCCAGAUGGGAGGUCAGGUGGGCGGCGCAGUCCCACCAUGUCACCCGCUGUUGCAUUGUUCUCUAAUAUUAGACUUGUCUCAGAUGCAUAAAUAAAUUCUAUAAAUCUGUAAAGCUAUAGCUGAGGUCUGAGGAGCAGCAAACUAGUCUGCUUCUGCCUACAUACAUGUAGAACAAAUACCAUUAUCAGAAUUUCUCUAAGAAAGAUGGCAAGGCAAAAGUGAGUGUGUUGUUAAGUAGUAAGAGUUACAAUGGUAUUUCAUGCCAUCAGGUAAGGACAGGGCCAACCCAUUCCCAAUCCAUGUAGAAAAGCUCAGCAGACCAUUGAAUCAUAUUUCAACAUCCUCCACUGCAUCUUAAGGGCGGUGACUUUAGUGGGUGCAGGAUUCCCUGCCCUUCAAUACUUGCUACCUGAGGCAGCUGCCUUACUCUGUCUCAUGGUAGGGCCGGCCCUUGGUAAGGGUGAGUUGAUGUUAUUUUACCUUAUGUUACAGAUUUGAAUUAUAAUACUCUCCCCAGAAACAUCUAUGGAAGUAUGAUUAGGAUUUUAUUUAACAUAAAUAAUUUGCUUUAAUUAAAACUAAUUCCACACCUGAAUUUAGUUGGUUCUGAUUUUAAGCCUGAAGGGUGGGGACAUUAACUUGAGGACCUUAGAAUAAAACAAAGUGUGUCAAAUAUAUAUGUUCUAUACAUGCAUUUCUACUUUUAGUUUUGAAGCAAGCUCUUUUAUAGAACUUGAAUUGGCAAUGUUUUGUGCUAUCAGAGCAGUUGUCUUAAUUUAUAUCUACCUCUGUAGCUGGUAAUAACCAGAUUAUCAUGAUUCUGUACUAUAUGAAGGAAAGUGUCUAAGACCUGGUCCCUCAGUGCUAUGAUUUAAAAUAUAAAAGCAGCAGGCACAGAAAGGGGUUAUUAAAGACUUUGAAUAGAAUAGGGCAGCUGUUACUGGGCUUCAAAACACUUCAGUUAUUUUAGCACUGUGCCAGUUUUGAAGAGGAUGUGAAGGAGCUGGGAACCUGAGAGGAGACACUGUUUAGCUCACAGCAAUUUCUUGUGUAGUUAGGCACGGCUCCCAGCCUCUACUGAGAGAAGCUGUCUAGAGCUUUUUAGAAAAACGAUAAUGCAGAACAUAAUGAAAAUAAUGAAAUGAGGGACUGAAGGCAGCGUAGCACAAAAUUGGAAAGAGUGGAGUAACUGCUGCUUGCCCCCUCCUCCUCAUGGUUACCAUGGGAAGUCAGUAACUUCUGAGUUAAAGUACAUAGGAUUGUGCUCUUCGGGUAAGAGCUUUAUAAAAAUUAGCUGUUGUUAUGAAGAACAAUAAUCAUAUCUGCAUUUUGUUCAGGUUAUAACAAACCAUUGGUUGAAAAUGAAAAAUGCUACUGCUUAGCAAAUGUUACUGAAUGUUCUCCCUCCCAUUGGUACUGUCUCUUCCCUGCCCUAGACUUCAUUCACUUUAUCUUGGGCGACGUACCUGUUAGCAAAGCACCCGGAAGUGCAGCAUUCUGUCUAUAAAGAGAUAGUCAAUAACUUGGGGAAAGAUAAAAUCCCUGAUGCACAUGACGUCCCCAACUUACCAAUGAUCAGAGCCCUUCUCAAAGAAACCUUGAGGUAAGUGCAGAAAAACUAAGUUGACCAUUAAACGUUUUUGUUCCUUUCUUGUUGUUUUGUGUCUUUGUUUUAGCUAAAUUGCAAUUGUGUUUUUUAAUGUGCCCUUCAUUAUUUGUAUUAGAGUAUGUCUCACUAUUCUCUGCAGAUUUAAAUAGUGAUUUAAUGCACGUUUAUAAAAGCAAGCAACGUUGAAUUCAAUUGGACUUUUUGCUGACUAAGCAGGCUUUGAAUUGGGCUGUAGGUUCCCUACAUUACAGAGAAGCUUCUCUGAGUUCCUUUUGAGUUAAAUAUUCAGAGUACUGUGCCAGUAGGUUCAAAAACUUGCUCCACCUGCAGCUUCACAAAGUUGCCAUAGUUCUUUAAAAUAAGUGACUUUUUUUUACAUAAUGUGCUCUCAUUUCAAGAGAGUCUGUUUGCAUACUCCUCUCCCGUUCCCUAUGAUAUGCAACGAGAAAAGAUUGGGAACUUCUACUUUAUCUUUUCAACUAACCGCUGUCCCCCUUAUGUCUGAAUGCAGGAAACUGUGGUAUGUUCUAAGUGUGAUUAGUUAAAACAAACCAGUUUUAAACUGUGGCAUUAUAUUCUAGUUUGCUAACCAAUCACACUUAGAAAAAAACCAUGGUUUCCCAAAAUUCAGAUGUAAUGGAAACCGUGGCUUCCUGUUUCUUGUGCAUGGAGAGAAAACAUAUGAGCCUGAGGCUUAUGCAGGCUCAUUAUUGCAACAGGAAACCAUGGGUUCCUACUUCACCUGAAUAAAAUCUAGUCAGCUGCCUCAAUGAAGAUUACAAGGAAGGUAUGGUGGAGAAAGACACUAUUUUAGUUAGUAAAGAUAGUUGGUUGUAGACUGUCUUUGAAGAUAGACUUUCCCUUUUAACUUGUAUGGCGAAUAGUUAUUGAUAGAUUAUUUUCAACGAAGUUUUUGAAAGACAGCUUAUGCUAGUAACCAGCAUAGGAUCAAGUGGCAAUAGUAGACAAGUACGAUACAAAACUAACAAACAAGCAUUUCUUAAUUUGAAUAUGUUUUGCAUGAGAUGUAACUCCUCUCAUGUUUUUCUGAUCAGUUUGUGGUUUGUGAACAGAACAAAAUAAUUUUGUCAACUUCUCACAUACCUUCUCUAACAGCACAAUCAGAUGCACAUUUACUUAGAAGUAAGUUCUAUGGUGUUCAGUAGAGAUGACUCCCUAGUAGGUGUGUUUAGGAUUAUAGCUGCAGUUGUAAUAGUAAUAAUAGUAAUAAUACUCCAUCUCCUUCAGUAUUUUAGGCUGCCAUCCUAUGCUCUAACCCCACUGAAUAUAGUGGGAUUUACUUCUAAGUAAACAUGUAUAAUUUUAUAUUGCAUAUUGCUCUUUUCUAUAUUUUCUCCAGCUUGACAUUACUCUUACUGAGAUGGGGUGAGACGAUUGCAUCAUGGAUUUAAAAAAUGGCAUUAUGAUACUUCCAUUUAAGUGUAGCCCCUUUUCUAAUAUUGAGUUUAUCUUCUUCAUUGCUGUAGGACCCUGAGUUUUCUAUGAUACAUCCAAGAUCCUGUAUGGUUUUAGCCAAUCUAGAUUCUAUAUAUGAAACUAGGAAUGUUUAUCAUUUUACUUCCAUUGAAUUUCAUCUGUCAGUCUGUUACCCAAUCACUCAGUUUGUUAUAGUAGUAGUUGCUGCUGCUGUUGCUGCUGUCAUCGUUGUUAGUAUUAGUAGUGAUUUAUUACAUUUACUUGGUGCUUACUACAAAUUUAUGUACAAUUAUAAAAACAAAUAUAAUACAAAAUUUCAAAUACAUAAAAAGAACACUAAUUAACUAAAAGCAACUGUUCAUCCCCCUCUUUACUACUUUUUAUCAGCCAUGAAGGGCAUGGGUUAAGAGCACAUGUGAUUGUCCACACCAAUCCACACACCUUGUUCAUGUCCUCAAGCCAUACCAACUGAAGCUCAUCUGAAAAAAACAGAACCAGAUAAUGUUCUAAAUAUCUCUUGAGAUUCACCUGCUAUAAUAGUGAAGUCAAUGUCUUCAUGGAUGCAGGCAACUCUAUUCUCAAAACGCUUUGCAAACAAAUUAUAAUGGGCCACCAUUGGUUCCACCAACUUUUUAGAGUCAGAAUAUAAAAGGUCCUACAGUAUCUGGGAAAGUUCUACUGGAUAUAAUAGUGCUGACUUCAAUGCCACUGAGUAGGCUUAAUAAUGAGCCCUUAUUUGGGUUCUAGUUUGGCUGCAUUCAUCUGGAGGUUUCCUCUGUUUGUGUUCAACAUGUCCCAGCUUAUAUCAUUGUCCUAAGCUCUGGUGUAUACCAAGGAGUCAGGCUGUAUGAAGUGGGAGAGGACAUUGGGGUGUGUGUGAUUGUGUCAAUAGCCUGGGUCACCUGUUUAUUUCACAGAUCAAGGAGGACAUGACAGGGAGCACCAAUCAUAUCAGCCAAAAAGUCUCCCAGAGCUGUCUGGAAAUUAGUUGGAUCCAUCAGCCUCCAAUAAGUUAUAAUAGUUCCCCUGCUUUUGCAGAGGUGAAAAGCUGCUGAAAACCAAAAUCUCAGCAGGAAGUGACCUGACCAUGACAAGCAACUGAUUUUUACAAUCCCUCAUUUUCAAAUCAUCCUCUUUCUGCCCAGUCAGGAAGACCAGAUCCAGAAUGUGGCCUUGCUAAAGGCAUGGGUCCAAUGACAUGCCCCACAUAAGUUUAGAGCUCUUCACAAUCUUUUUAAGAUUUUGCCAUCCUAAAUAAAUUCGUGCUUUCUAUGACCUUGGCUGCCUCACUGUUCAAUUUGUUAAGAGGCAUCAGUCUUGAAGCAGAUUCCCUGUUUACUUGGCUACAUUGUAAAAAAAAAAGUUUAUUCUUACCUUGUACUUCCAACAAUUUAGUUAGUAUUGGGGCCCUGUUCUAUUAUCCAAUUAAUGCUAUUUUUAAAAAUAUAGGGGCCAUUGUUGAAGGCCUUUGUCAAAACCUUGUUAAAAAUCCAAAUAUGCAGUGUUUACUCACUGAAUUCCUCCUAUCUUCCCAUUUGUGGGCACCUUCAAAUAAUUCUAAAGAAAUAUAACAUUACAGGCACUGAAUAUCUAAUUGACACUUGUUUGUAGGUUAUAUCCAGUGUUACCAGGAAACGGUAGAGUAACCCAGAAAGAUAUGAUUGUUGGAGGAUACUUGAUACCUAAAGGGGUGAGUUGUACAAUGGCUUUGUGAAAGGAGUGGGAAAGGAUGAAAUCACAGAUUUACUCUGGAUACGUGAAACUGCCUUUGCUAGGAAAUGAGCUAUUAUGUGAAAGUCUGGUUUAAUUUUAGGCAUGUUCAGAGAUGUUAUUCAGGAUCUCAAGCUCCUUUUCUUUUGCUGUGGGACCCAGAUUUCCUUUGUAAAAAAAAAAAAAAGUCUUAAAAACAGAAGAAAAUUCAUUUGCUUAUUGGACAUCUGGGCACAGCCAUACACCAUCUUGAAUUUUCAGAGCCAUUUAUACACAUGAAUUAGAACAUGCAAAUUUGUGUUGUGAGCAUUUGCAGUGAGUGCUUAAUGCACCUAGGAAAUCCCCUGGCCAUGUGAGGUCAUUAGCUUAAAACAUAGGUGCCAUUUUUUAAAGAAACAUUGAAACAUUCUAAAAUUAUACUGUAUGGUAUUUUCAACCUAUUUGAGUGUAGGAACUGGUAACUUGAAAUUGUACUUUUUGUAUAAUUACAUGUUAUUCUGCUUUCCGCCGAUAAAAAGUUGGGUAAAACAGUAACCCGAAGAAUGGGAACAGGAGUUAGCUGGUAGAGGUCUUUUACCUUGUGGGUAAUAUGUAUCAGGGGACAUAGUACAUGAGAUGAGCUGCUUCAGUAUUCCCCUUUGCCAUGCUGUUGAAUGGAGAAAUUACUGGACAUAAGGAGAAGACUGGUGAACUGUUCAUUCUGACUACCCUUGGCCCACCUUCUUCCACAGUGCUGGUUGCUUUCACCCCCCCCCCAAUGGUAUGCCAAAAGCAAGGUAAAGGUAAAGGUAAAGGACCCCUGACAACUAAGUCCUGACAACUAAGUUGCGAACGACUCGGGUUGCGGCGCUCAUCUUGCUUUACUGGCUGAGGGAGCUGGCGUUUGUCCACUUCCGCAGACAGUUCUUCCUGGUCAUGUGUCCAGCAUGACUAAGCUGCUUCUGGCAAAGCCACAGCAGUGCAUGGAAACGUCAUUUACCUUCCCGCUGGAGCGGUACCUAUUUAUCUACUUGCACUUUGAUGUGCAUUUGAACUGCUAAGUUGGCAGGAGCUGGGACCGAGCAAUGGGAGCUCACCUCAUCGCGGAGAUUUGAACCUCCGACCUUCUGAUCGGCAAGUCCAAGAGGCUCAGUGGUUUAGACCAUAGCACCACCCGUGUCCCAAAAGCAGGGUAGUAGUUUUUAAAAAUGGAUUUUGCCUUGAGGCUGCAUUUCAGUCAUGCAUCCAACAACCUUCCCAAUAAAAGUAAUUGAUAAUGCUGAUGCAACUAACUGAAGCAUCAAACAUCUGGUUUUCUUUUAUGUGAGAGGAUGUCAAAUUUAGUGUGGUGUGCUCCUUGAAGGGAACCACCUAUUUGAGAUUGCUUUGAGACACGCUCAUGAAGCACACUAAUUACUUAAGGUAGACCUACUGAGCCACACUUUUUUUUCUAGGAGGAAGAAUCUAGAGAGCAUGGCAGCUUUUUGUGAAGUUAAAGAAGUAUAGUUUUUAGUACAAUUUUUUUUUAUAAAUGGGUCAGUUCUGUUUUGUCUGAUUUAGGCUGAAAUCCAAUACACAUCGGGCAGCCAGUUUUAUUGAACUUGGUGGGACUCACUUCUGAGUACACGUAUAUAGGACUGCACUCUUAGCAUCUUAGCUUGUCCAAUGUUUUUUAAACUUUUUAAGCAAUUGUAUUGAUCCUUGUGAAUAAUCUGAAUUUAUAUUAAACAGCAUAAAAUGUAUAUUUAGGAAACUAUAAGUAGUUCAUUAACAGGCAUUUGGGAAAUUAUAUGUAAAUAUAUGUUCAUUUGUUUCAUUAGACCCAGCUGGCACUCUGUCAUUAUGCUACAUCAUAUCAGGAAGAGAAUUUCCCAUUAGCAAAUGAGUUCCAGCCUGAGCGCUGGCUAAGGAAAAGCAAUAUGGACAGAGUGGAUAAUUUUGGUUCCAUCCCCUUUGGUUAUGGUAUACGUAGUUGUAUAGGAAAAAGAAUUGCUGAACUUGAAAUUCACCUUGCACUAAUACAGGUAAGCAGGCUACUAAAGCACAUCUCCUUGCUAUAUAAAAUGUUUAAAAUAUGUGUGAUUUUGUAUUUCAGAAAUUCAGAUUAAUUCCCUGAACCAGCAAUAGCUUUCUUUUCAGUGUGACUGCUCACAUGUUUAAAGUUUAGCAUUUGUACAGUUAUACCUCAUGUUACGUCCGCUUCAUGUUACAUUCUUUUAGGUUACGUCCUGCGGCGACCUGGAAGUACCGGAAAGGGUUACUUCCUGGUUUCGCCGUUCACACAUGCGCAGAAGCACAAAAAUGACAUCAUGCGCAUGUGCAGAAGCUGCGAAUUGCAACCUGCGCUUGUGUAGACGCGCCGCUGUGGGUUGCGCUCUCUUCAUGUUGCAAACGGGCCUCCGGAAUGGAUCCCGUUCGCAGCCAGAGGUACCACUGUAUAUAUUUUUGCAAGGAUUGGGGUCUAUAAAUGCAAUGCCAAUAAGUGACUUUGUUUGCAAUCCUGUACCCUUUUACAUGGGAGCAAGCCCCAUCAAACUUAAUAGGAUUUACUUCUGAGUAGACACAUAGUGGUUCACACUGUUAGGCCCAGUCCUCAAAGUGCUCCACUGGUGCAAGUCACGUGGGCCAUUUGGCUGUAAGUGCCCGUAUUGUUGAACUCAAAGUAAAAAAGGCUAUAGAUUUAUGGUCCUAAGAGUGAUCUGUAAUAGCAAAUAAGCUAUCUUUCCCAAUUCUUAAUUUGAAUUAUAUAAUGAAAUCAUUCACUUAUAUAAUUUCUGAUAUUGUCCUUCCCCUAAGGCAGGGGUAAGGAACAUGAUCUAACUAGCAAGCCAGAUCCUGGCUGUCUCAACCCCAUGUCGGUCAUUUUGACAGGUUGGCAGGACCUUCAGACAUAAAACAGAACAAAAAAUAUUUUGUGGGUGUGUCUCAAACUGCACCCACAGAGGUAGAUCCUUUGCAUGAAUAGCUUCAAUUCAAGAUAGUCAUGCAAAUAUAUUUGGCUAUAUACCAAGCCCCAUUUUGAGGCUUGCUGUAACUGUCAAUCAGUUGAUCAGCACUUAUAGGAAGCUCAGAUUAUUAUUAUUUUUAUUGCAAUUAUAUCCCACCUUUUUUGGAUAGGUAUCAGCUGUGCCAUGGAUUUCCCUACCAUGCACUCCAUACUGCAGCUGAUCUCAGCAGUCUUCCUUAAGUGCCAAUCAGGUAUUUGGGCCCAUAGCAAGCUGGCUUUGGGCAGAUAGUGGUUGUGCUACGAGUUCCCCCAUAGCACAGUCUUACAGUCCACUCCUGCAGUUGCUUAUUGAGAAAUAAACCACACUCUGCUUAGUGGGACUUGCUGCUAGUGUGCAUACUAACGAAGCCUUGAAAUAAAUCUGAAGCAUGUUUACUCAGAAGUAAGCCCUGCUCAGUUCCAUGGCAUUUGCUCUCAGGCACACACAGGACUGCAGCCUUAGUUCAGUCUUUGGACCUUCCAAAAACAACUGUUCAGUGAGUGUUUAUGGAAAACUCUUCUACUCUGUCCUGGCACACAAGGCUCUGCAGACUAAAGCAAAGGGCCUAAUACUUGGGCCCUUUCAGUAGCAGCUUAUUUUCAUCACCAGUGAUUAAUAGCUGAAAAGGGGUUCUAGGGGUGAAAGCUGCUCAGAAGGCACACCAUCUGAUCCAGUUACUCUGAAAAAGUCUCACUGGAGUAGUGUACCCCAGAACUGCCAGUGCUCCACUUCAAGUUCCUUCAGUGGACAUCACGUGGGGUCUCUGUAGUGCCCUAGGAUAUUCUACCUGGAUCAAGGGCUCACCCCUCUGGUAGUUUGAGAGUUCGAGUCGCCAAUCAAACUGAUUAGCAGUAGUUUCAAAGGAGAGAGCGUACUUACACAACUCAUAAUUAAAUUGCUGAACUUACUGCUACAAGAUGUGGUGAUGAUGACCAUUGGAUGAGAGAGCUUUUUACAAAAUAGGUAUUCACAGAGAACAGCUGUUAGCCAUAACAGGUAAAUGGAAGCGCAUGUUAAAGGGCAAUGAAUGCCAGUUGCUAGGGGAUGAACAGUUUGAGAUGGCGGCUCACAAAAGCACUUCUCUAGCCACUGUUGGGAAUCUACAAGGCUCUUUCCUCUACAGUGGUACCUCGGGUUAAGAACUUAAUUCAUUUUGGAGGUCCGUUCUUAACCUGAAACUGUUCUUAACCUGAGGUACCACUUUAGCUAAUGCGGCCUCCCGCUGCCACUGCACGAUUUCUGUUCUCAUCCUGAAGCAAAGUUCUUAACCCGAGGUACUAUUGCUGGGUAAGCGGAGUCUGUAACCUGAAGUGUCUGUAACCUGAAGCGUCUGUAACCCGAGGUUCCACUGGAUUCUGGAUUCUGCCACAAUGUAGACUGUUAGGACUAUCAAUAUUCUUGUUGCCUUUGUCAUAUCCAGUUUUUAUUAAUUCUAGUGUUCUGUUUUUUUAUCCUUGAAGCUGCUUCAAAAUUUUGAAAUAAAAUUUUCUCCAAAAACUAAACCAGCUUAUGCCAAAACCCAUGGACUAUUGACUCCUGCAAACUCCAUCAAUGUGAAAUUUGCUGACAGGAAAUGGUAGUAGGACCUUCAGGAGGCUCCUCAGCCUGACCUCUGACUGAAAGCUGCAUGAUGGGAUUCCUGUAAUCAAGCUUUAUAUGCCUCCCUAGAGGUUUCUCUUUUUCCUGCUAAACAAUUAUACAUGUUCAUGCAGAACAUUCUGUAAGUCCAAAUUAGAACCAUUCCUCUUUAUGCUGGCAAUCCAGUUUGAGAGUUAUGGUAAAGGCAGCAGUUGUACCAGUACAGUGUCAUAGUCUUUAUCACAUGCCAUCACCUUUGAGAAGAACUGAGACAUCCUCUGCAAAAUUCUAGUAAAUGAUAGCCAAAGUAGUAAUCACUUUGUCACCUCUUCCAGCUGGGUUCCCACGGUUAGCUGAUUGCCUGUGAUAAAAGGCAAUUAUGAGAUAACUGGUAACAGAUUUGCAUCCUCAGGAUAUCUGCAAUUAUCACAUGCAUAAAAUAUAAACUCAUUCUUAAAGAUAAGUGUGACUGACUGCAGGAUAAACACUGGUUAGUAAUGUUUGUUUGUUUGCUCUCUUCGUGUCUCCCACUUUGACUUUGGUUAACUUUUUGAUAGUUUUUGUGCAUUAACUAUAAUGUACUAAAAACCUAGUAUAAUAUUUUGAAAUAUUGAGACAUUUUAAAGAAAAUUAUGAAACUUAUAGGUUGUCUAGAUUCCAAUGUUUUAUUUUUAUUUCAUAAAAGCUUUUUAGAAUAAUAUACAAAAGGGAUAUAAAGUUUAUGUAAAUUUAAGCCAACAAGUCACAUAAAUGGUUAAAGAAUAAAUUUUUAUAUUUGUCAUUUUUUUAAAAUUUACAGUUAUUACAAAUAUAACUUUCAUUUUAAAUAAAAGCUUUACUUUAGUAUCUUGGCAAAAAAUUUUUGUAAUUGCACAUUGUAUAUCCUGCUUUUACAUAAAACUUUAUUAUUUGUGUGGGCUACUGCCCUCUCUAGGACAGAUAGAUAAAUGACAUGGUGUUUAUGUACUUGAAAAAUGUGCACUUUGUAGUUGCUCAUAUACCGGUAAGCAAUUUGUAUAGCUAGUGGCAACCAGACAAGUUUAUGUAUUAAACUUUUGCCUGUUACAGGAUGGGACGACAGCAAUCUGACCGUUAUGCAGAAAGCAUUAUUAAAUCAAUUACUGUGUAGUGAAGCCAUUUUAUACCUGCAGCUAAACGGUUGCUAGUAAGAUUGAAUAAGGAUAUGUACAAAAUGGGUGAAACUUAUUCACUUUGAAACAUUUAUGUUAGAUAUUUCAAGCCAGCUGUUACUACCUUGACAUUUACUAAUCUCAGCUUCACAUUAAUUUUCCAAAUGUGUAUCUGUCCAACUUUCUUGUGAAGCCCUCUCUCCAUCUCUGGAGAAGUUGAGCAGAGAAUCAAAACUUGUGCGUUCUCAAUAUUUAGGCUUGCUUUUGGGAAACUCUGAGAACUUGGUUACAUGGGGAUCAAAUGACUGGUUCUCAGUUUGAAUUCUUUAUGGCACUGUAAUUUGGACUGUUGCAUUAGCUGUUAUCAAAAGUCAUAUUAUGUUUUUAUGAUCUUUUGUAAGUUAACUUUUCAUAUGAUAUAAAAAUAAAGAGAAACAUUUAAAUAGUUUUCUAUCAUUAAUAAAUACGUUUAGUUACUUUGAUCAUUCUCCCUAUUUGUCCCUUAGCCAUAAUAAAGUAAUUAUAUAUC